UUUAUCUUUGUUUUCCCAAAUUCCAAGUGGGUUCUUGUGAGUUGCAGUUGGGUUCUUGGGAAACUUGUAGUUUUGCACAAUACUGUUAUAAAAAAAAAAGAAAAAAAGACUUGGUCUUUGAAACCUCAUUUUGGGUUUUUCUUGAGUCUAUGAUAAGGGCGAAUCUUUUCACUGACACUCAACAAAUUUCAGAUUUUUAUUUUUUGAAACUUUUGAGAUAUAACGCUUGCUUUUUAAUUUUCUGAUUUUGUUUUUAAUCAUAAAAAAGGGUAAUUUUUUUUUUCGAAACUAAUUUUGGGGUUUGCAUUUUAGUAGAAUUAUACUUAAAAGAUUUAAUCUUUGCAUGUUUUUGAUGGAUCUCUGGUAGCUUUUGGAGUGAAAGAAUGGAUCUUUGAUCAGAGUCAAGUCAGGCUCAUCUAUUCCUUUGGCUUAGUAAUUUUUACCAGUGCAGAACUGUGUAGGUUUCUCACUUGUUAUUUACUUGUAGAUAUUUAGCCUGCAUUAUUUGGUUCUUUUCUAUAUAAGUGAGUUUUCUUGUUUUUGUGGAUGCUUUUUGGUUAGGGGAAAUUUUAAUGUGGGAUAACCGUGCGAGUAUGAUUUUUUUUUUUGCUAGGUUGUUCAUUUGAAUUAGAUCGUUGCCAAAUAGGGAGUUUGGUUUUGAAUUGAUGGUGGUUUAUGAUUCUAUAAAUCAGGUUUAAAAUCCAAAAAAGUCUGGUAUUUUAGGCUGCUUUAGCCUUUAGGACCAUUUGUACUUGGAAUUUUAAUUGCACAAGCAAUGGGUUUAUGGUCACUGGUCAUCCUUUAAGUUAAGUGGAAUAUAUAAUUUCAUUGAAGAGAUAUUCGCAUUACAUUUACAUCUGGGGCUAUUGGCUUCCUUGGAGUAAAUGUCGUUCCGUAGCCUAGUUCGUGAUGUAAGGGAUGGAUUAGGUAGCUUAUCGAGGCGGAGUUUUGAGGUGAGGCUGCCAGGGCAUCACAGGGGGAAAUCACAUGGAUCAGUCCAUGAGUUGCAAGAUCAGCCUUUGGUUAUCCAGAACAGCCGUUGGGCUAGCCUUCCACCUGAGCUUUUGCGUGAUGUGAUCAAAAGAUUGGAGGCAAGUGAGAGUACAUGGCCUGCUCGUAAGCAUGUUGUUGCGUGUGCUGCUGUCUGCAGGUCAUGGAGGGAAAUGUGCAAAGAAAUUGUUAGAAAUCCUGAAUUCUCUGGGAAGAUUACUUUCCCCGUCUCCCUGAAGCAGCCUGGCCAUAGGGAUGGUCCCAUUCAAUGCUUCAUUAAGAGGGACAAAUCAAAUUUAACUUACCACCUUUUUCUUUGUCUUAGCCCUGCUUUGCUUGUUGAAAAUGGGAAAUUUCUUCUCUCUGCAAAACGGACCCGGAGAACAACUUGCACGGAGUAUGUGAUUUCCAUGGAUGCUGAUAACAUUUCAAGAUCAAGCUGCACUUACAUUGGAAAACUCAGGUCAAAUUUUCUGGGCACCAAAUUCAUUAUAUAUGAUACACAGCCACCCUAUAACAAUGCUCAGCUCUCUCCGCCUGGCCGAAGCCGUAGGUUCUACUCGAAAAAAGUUUCUCCGAAGGUCCCCACUGGCAGCUACAACAUUGCCCAGGUCUCGUAUGAGCUCAAUGUGCUAGGCACUAGGGGACCACGCAGGAUGCACUGCGCAAUGCAUUCAAUACCUGUCUCAUCAGUUGAGCCAGGUGGCUGUGUUCCUGGCCAACCUGAGCUCCUCCCUCGUUCCCUUGAAGACUCAUUUCGUAGUAUUUCCUUUUCGAAGUCAAUUGAUAACUCGACUGAGUUUAGCAGCUCCAGGUUCUCUGAUAUUAUUGGGCCUCGUGAUGAAGAUGAGGAGGGAAAGGAGAGACCAUUGGUUCUCCGAAACAAGGCACCGAGAUGGCACGAACAGUUGCAGUGUUGGUGCCUGAACUUCCGUGGGAGGGUGACUGUUGCAUCCGUCAAGAACUUUCAGCUAAUUGCUGCAAUACAGCCUGCUCCUGCUGCCGCUGCUGCUGCUGCUGCUGCUGCUGGCACACCGACGCCAUCACAGCCAACCCAAUCUGACCAUGACAAGAUUAUUCUGCAGUUUGGUAAGGUUGGGAAGGAUAUGUUUACCAUGGAUUACAGAUAUCCUCUGUCAGCAUUUCAGGCUUUUGCCAUUUGCUUGAGCAGCUUUGACACCAAAUUGGCAUGUGAAUAGAAGACGACAGACAUAAUGGUGAGAAAUAGAAAAUUUAGUUAGUAAUGUCUUAUUUUAUUUUAUAUUUCUUUUGUAGGGUUUUAUAGGAUGGGGUGGUUGUAUGAAGUCAUUGUAAUCCUCAAUGCCCUACUAACAAUACACGCAACAUUCCCACCUGUUAUCUUUUUUCUUUGCUUUGUAUGAUUCCAUUAUCUGUCUUUGUUGUUAAAAACUUACGCUUAUAUUAACAAUUUGCUAUUGAAAGUUGUUUGUUUCGUAGGUCC